AUGAUCUUUGGUAGUGUUCCACAAAUGAUUGUUGGACCUGAAGGUCCAAUUUCUUUGAUUGUUGGGCAAGCAGUUGAACCAAUAUUACAUGAUUCAAAACAUAAGAAAAAUUUAGAUCCUUUAGAAUAUGUAGCGGCAAUUAGUUUUCUUUCUGGGAUGAGUUUAUUAGGAUUUGGAUUAGGAAGAUUUGGUUUUUUGGAUAAUGUAUUAAGUGCAUCUUUAUUAAAGGGGUUCAUAUGUGCUGUUGGGAUUGUUAUGAAUAUAAAUGCAUUAAUUAAUUGUUUGGGUUUAGAAGAAUUAAUGAAGGAAAUUACUAGGAAUCCAGAAGAAAUGGAUAUUCAUUCACCAUUUGAUAAAGUACGAUUCUUAUGGUUUAAUUAUAAACAUUAUAAUCCAUUAAGUCUAAAAAUUAGUUUAAUUGGUUUUGCAAUAAUUAUGGCAAUAAGAAUAUUUAAAAAAUAUGCUGCAAAAAGACCGGGGAAAUAUUCUCCAAAAAUCGUAUUUAUCCCGGAAAUUUUAUUAAUUGUCGGGUGUUCAACUAUAUUAUGUUCUUACUACCGUUGGGAUUUAUUGGGGAUUAAUAUAAUUGGAAAUGUAAAACAUGAUGGUGAAUUAAAACUAUAUAAUCCACUAAAAUUAUCAUUAUUAAAAAAAUUUACUACUUCAGGAUUCUUAUGUGCCAUGUUGGGUUUUUUCGAAUCAACAACUGCUUCUAAAUCACUUGGUUCAAGAUAUGAUUUACCAAUAAGUUCAAAUCGAGAAUUAGUUGCAUUGGGUAGUCUUAAUAUAUUUUGCUCAAUGUUUGGUGCAUUACCUGCAUUUGGAGGUUAUGGAAGAAGUAAAGUAAAUGCAAUUUCAGCAAAGACAACUAUGCUGGGAGGGAUUAUGGGAUUUUGUACUUUAAUCACCGUGGUAUUUUUCCUUGAUUAUUUAUAUUAUGUUCCAGAAUGUAUGCUUAGUGUAGUUGUGGCAGUGAUUGGUUUACUGUUGAUUGAAGAAGCUCCAUAUGAAUUAUAUUUCCAUUGGAAAACAAAAGGUUAUAAUGAAUUAAUUACAUUUGCAGUUACGGUAUUAACUACAUUAUUUUUUUCAAUGGAAGGUGGAAUUGCUGUUGGUUUAAUAUAUCUGUUAAUUAGAGUAAUUAAAAAUUCCACAAUUUCAAGAAUUCAAAUAUUGGGGAGAUAUCCAAAUACUAAUGUCUUUGUAGAUGCUGAUAUCCCCACAAACUUAAAUGAAAAGAAACCAGGUACUCAAUUGAAUGUAUUUGAUGAUAUUCAACAAAUGCAAUUAAAUGAACAAGUUAUUGAAGAAAUUGAAGGUUGUUUAAUUAUAAAAAUCCCCGAACCACUUACUUUUACCAAUUCAAGUGAUUUAAGAGCUAGAUUAAAACGAGUUGAAAUGUAUGGAUCAACAAAAGCCCAUCCUGCUCAAAAGAGAAGUCGAGAUUUAAGUAUGGUUAAAUAUAUUAUAUUUGAUUUAAAUGGGAUGCAAAAUAUUGAUUCAUCAGCUUGUAAAAUUUUAUAUGAAUUAAUUAUCAAUUAUCGUCAAAGAGAUAUUCGAACAUUUUUUGUUAGAGUGGGUAAUUCCAAAGAUUUAAGAAAUCGAUUGAAAAGUUCAGGAAUUAAUAAGAUUUUAAUUAAAGAUUUAAUUGAUGUUAAAUAUUUCGUAAUGCAAAAUAUUGCUAAUAGAUUUAAUAUUAAUUGUCGUGGACGAGAUCAUCUGAUUGAAAUGGAAGAACAAGAACUGUUGAAUACUAAUUUUGAAAUAGAGAAUGUUAUUGCAUGUCAUGACUUAAUAGAGAGUGAUGAUAAACCUUACUUCCAUCAUAUAAGUGAUGCUUUAAGAGUUAUAGAUUGUUUUGAAGUAAAUGAACAAUUUUUAAAUUAUUAG